AUGGGCACGGGGCUGUCGCGCGCGAGCCAGGCGGACCGGUUCCACGUUGAGAGAGUCGAGGCGGAGGCCGCCGUGCGCUGCUUGACCUCCGUGACGUAUCUCAGGAGAGCACGCUCCGAAGCGCGCGCCUUCCUCGUCUUCCACGGAGCGCUGUGCAAGGACGCGCCUGCCGGAAGCGCUGACGUCUCACCCUGCAACGGUUGCCAUGAACUAGGCGAAUCCGCACCAAGCGCUGGAGGGACGGCCGAAGGGGCCGCAUCCGCGCCGGUGGCGCAAGCACUUGCCAGCGGGGCGCCGGGGACUGCGGACAACAAUACAUUCCUCGACGCCGAACGGCCCCGCGGCUGCUUCAGGAUAACGGCUCGCUCGAGGAGGCAGACCGACGGCGGCGAGACGCGGGCGGCGUGCGGGGCGGCCGAGGUCAACCGGGCCGGUAGCGCACCACUCAAGCUCGCCUCCGGGACGGCCCGGAAGCUCGCCGAGCGUGUCGCGGCGCACCGCGAGUCUCUCAAGGUCGUCAACGCCCUCUCGCGCCUGCCCGACGCCCUCGUCGAUCACAUCGCGCGGCUGGUGGCGGGGUACGAGGCUGUGCUCCCCAGUGACCCAGCGCCCGAACGUCGCGUGUCAGAAGGCGGCGGCCGGCGGGGCUCGAUCGCCUGCGAGCGCAUCCGGCUGGAUAUCCCGAAGUACGAGGCGCUGCUCGCGUCGCGUGCGGCGCGCUGCCGCGACCGCGGCGUACACGGCGCAGACGGGGCGGAGGUCGUCCCGCACGCGGCCGUGCAGCGCGCGCUCGACUCGCCCGGCGUCGCGAUCGUCGACCUGUGCGGCGCGCGCGUGUCCUCUUCCCCGCACGACGGCCCGCUGCGCCUCCGCCGCCCGGGCGUCGCGCUGGUGAACGGCACGUUGGAAGGCGUCGUGGGGGCUCCCGUCUCGUCCAGCCGCUCGUACAGCCCGCUGCGCACGGCGCUCUCGAUCGAGGCGCCGGGGUGCCGGCUCGAGAACAUCUCCGCGAGCCUGGCGCCGCGGCGGCGCGAGGGUCGCAGGUCCGCGGACACCUCCCCCACUGCCGUGUGCCUCGUGCAGGGGGCGGGGACGCUCCUGCGGCGGUGCCGGCUCGUAGCGUCGUCGCGGGUGGGGUACGUGAUGGCUGUGCACGGCGUGAACACGACGGGGGUGCGCGUGGAGGGCUGCGACCUGGUGAAUCUGGUGCAGCCCCACGUGCUGCUGUGGAACGUCAGCAGGGCGCGCGUGACGCUGCGGGAGGCGCCGGAGAAGCCGCAGACGUCGUGCCGGCGCUGGGGCUCGCACAUCUCGAUGAAGUAA